AUGGAGGCCAGAUAUCUGGAGGCUGACUGUUUGGAGCAAAUUGGCUAUGCCAAAGAGAGUGGUAUCCGUCAAAACUUCAUACUCACAGGCUCCCAAGAGCUUCGCCACGGCAAGAAGGUGUACCUAGAGUCAGAUUUGGACGAAUCGUUUUUGUUGGAAAUGCCACUUGGGAUAAUGUUGCAGAGCUUAGAGAUCAAAAUCGACCCCACCAUGGCCGAACAGUCCGAUGGCUUGUCGCUGAAUUUGGAGGUGAAGGAUACCAACGAGAAGUUCAACAUUAUCAUAUCACACGCUGUUCUAAUCUCCCCCCCAGUCGAUGUAUUACCCACCACUGCCCGUGCUACCAUUAUCGUUGAUAGCAAAAAGGCGAUGAUAAAUGUACUAUCCACUGGUGACACUUCAGGUGUGGCUAUCACAGGCGACAAGGCUGCCUUUGCCGAGCUGAUGGGCUGUGUCUCCACUAUGUCAGAUGGAACCUGGAACAUCAUUGAACCACGUGAACACUAUGUCCCAAAGCCCCAGGCUACGUAUCCCCAAUCACAAACUUUGGCAUCUACAGCAGAACCAGUCUCUUGCCCUACUAGUGAAGAUCUCUCUACAGGUGCUUGGGUGGGUAUUUGCUUUGCUUGUGCCCUGAUUGGUGCCUCUUUGGGAGCUAUGACGAUGAAAUGCUUGUCAAAAAACUCAAAGUUUAGCUCAGAAUCGACAACUAAACUUGACGACAUCAGUCAGGUAGAUGUGCAUACAUACUCACAGAGUCAUAGUGCGCAUGACAAGCAUCCUAAUCAGCGGGAAAUAGGCACUACUAUGCGGUACCACUUUCCAGCUAUAUGCUGGGUACUCCUGGUGCAACUCCUGUCACGGCGAGUCUUGGCUCAGAAUGCGUUGCACAUCAAUAAACAAUCCGAUCAAGUUCGUUUGAAAGAGGCUACUCAAGAUGACGAUGUAGCUGCAGACACAAACAAUGCUUGCAAUUCUGCGGUGGGUGUGCGCAAGGUGGCGGUUAUAGGAGCGGGUAUGGGAGGCUCUGCUGCCUCGUACUUUCUGAAGCGCUUACCUGCAACACAAGAAGCAACGCAAUCAUGUACUAGGUCUUCACCGCAGCUAGUGCACACCACUGUAUUCGAAGCCACAGACACUAUCGGCGGACGUGCGGCGAUCAAGGACUUCAAUGGCUAUCACGUGGAAAUAGGCGGGUCUGUGUUUCAUCAGAGUAACAGAUUCAUGAUGGCGUGGUGUGAUGAGUUUGGCUUAGAGAGGCAGAAAGGCUUCUCCAGUGAUGAUGGCUCUGACAGUACCGUGGGUGUCUGGGAUGGCGAUACAGUGGAAGGUCGUUACUAUGGCACGUGUACUCUGGAGAUACGGAUUGAGUCCUUUGCGGAUGCAAAAUUUAGCGGAAGCUACGGGUGA